AUGGCGUCUUCCUCUGUCCCGCCGGCUACCGUAUCGGCGGCGACAGCGGCCCCGGGCCCGGGUUUCGGCUUCGCCUCCAAAACCAAGAAGAAGCAUUUCGUGCAGCAGAAGGUGAAGGUGUUCCGGGCGGCCGACCCGCUGGUGGGCGUGUUCCUGUGGGGCGUAGCCCACUCGAUCAAUGAGCUCAGCCAGGUGCCUCCCCCAGUGAUGCUGCUGCCAGAUGACUUUAAGGCUAGCUCCAAGAUCAAGGUCAACAAUCACCUUUUCCACAGGGAAAAUCUGCCUAGUCAUUUCAAGUUCAAGGAGUAUUGCCCCCAGGUCUUCAGGAACCUCCGUGAUCGAUUUGGCAUUGAUGACCAAGAUUACUUGGUAUCCCUUACCCGAAGUCCCCCAAGUGAAAGUGAAGGCAGUGAUGGUCGCUUCCUUAUCUCCUAUGAUCGAACUCUGGUCAUCAAAGAAGUAUCCAGUGAGGACAUUGCUGACAUGCAUAGCAACCUCUCCAACUACCACCAGUACAUCGUGAAGUGCCACGGCAACACACUGCUGCCCCAGUUCCUGGGGAUGUACCGAGUCAGCGUGGACAGCGAAGACAGCUACAUGCUUGUGAUGCGCAACAUGUUUAGCCACCGUCUUCCUGUGCACAGGAAGUAUGACCUCAAGGGCUCCCUAGUGUCCCGAGAAGCCAGCGAUAAGGAAAAGGUUAAGGAAUUGCCCACCCUUAAGGAUAUGGAUUUUCUCAACAAGAACCAGAAAGUUUAUAUUGGUGAAGAGGAGAAGAAAGUAUUUCUAGAGAAGCUAAAGAGAGACGUGGAGUUCCUAGUGCAGCUGAAGAUCAUGGACUACAGCCUUCUGCUGGGCAUCCAUGACAUCAUUCGGGGCUCCGACCCAGAGGAGGAGGGACCUGUGCGGGAGGAGGAGUCAGAGGGGGAUGGGGACUGUAGCCUGACGGGACCACCUGCGCUCGUGGGCUCCUAUGGCACCUCCCCUGAGGGUAUUGGCGGCUACAUCCAUUCUCAUCGGCCCCUGGGCCCUGGAGAGUUUGAGUCCUUCAUUGAUGUCUACGCCAUCCGGAGUGCUGAGGGGGCCCCCCAGAAGGAGGUGUAUUUUAUGGGCCUCAUUGACAUCCUGACACAAUAUGAUGCCAAGAAGAAAGCAGCUCAUGCGGCCAAAACCGUCAAACAUGGGGCUGGGGCAGAGAUCUCCACUGUGCAUCCUGAGCAGUAUGCUAAGAGAUUCCUGGAUUUUAUUACCAACAUCUUUGCCUAAGAGACUGCCUGACUCCAUGCUGACUGCUGCUUUAUGUUCAAGGUGGCAGGGUUGUGAGAGGCUUAGGGGAAUUGUGGAAUGUUGACCACUGUUUCUUCUCUUCCUCCUUUGUUAAAUACUAGCUACAGGCUCCUUCCAUUCAGAUAACUCCAUCUUGUUGAGUAGGCUCUUCCUGGCCUUCAGAAAUACAUUGUCCUAUCUCCCCCUGUCUAGUUUUCUUCCUUCUCUCUCUCCCCCCCCCCCCCAACAAGUCUGCUUGCUUCAUGAGAGUGUUAAUGUUGACUCACUCCCAAGUGCCUUGAUCUUUGUACAUGUCCUGUUGUUUCUAUAACAUACGAGGUGAUGGGGGAAGGGGGUUCUCUGCCAUCUUCAGGACCUGACUGGACAGAUGGACCUGGCUCAAGAAGCUACUCCGGAUGCACUUUGCUGCAUGGGAUAAACUAAGAGUGUCUGAAUUUUGCUGAUAACUUUAUAGAACUCACUGUGGCAUGCCUCCUUCCCAGGAGGCCCUGGGAAGGAGGACUUUCAAGAUACUACAGUUGUGGGUGCUGGCAUGCACAUAUGUGAUGGGAUGUGGCCCAUCUUACACACACAUGGGGUGGAGAGUGGCGAGCCGGCUGGCACCUCACAGAGGUGGGAUCCAGGAGGACUCGUGAUUAUGUGGGGAACUGGAGGUCUUUGUCAAGAAUUGACUGCUCUCCAACCUCUUCCCUCACCCCACUUCCGCCCCCCACCCCAGUACUUUGGGCACAAGAGUCCAGAGAUGACCAAAGUGUUCAAGUCUGGGUGAAGAUGUUUGUUGCUGCUCUUCACCAGGACCUCCCAUGCCUCCUGGGGCUGGAACCCUUCAGUGGGGGUGUGGGCAGUUCUGGAGGCUGGGGCGAUGGGCCAGGGUAUAAGGUUCAUUCCCAGUGCUAGAUUUCCUUUCUUCAUGUCUAGCCAUCCCUGAGGUUUUAUUCCCAGCAGGGGGGAAUAUCUGUACCUGGGUCAACCCUGGUCAUUUCAAGAGGAUGAAGGUCUCCAGUGUGGGGGCCUCCAUUCUCAUCGGCCCCUGGGCCCUGGAAAGUUUGAGUCCUUGGAGGUGUGCGCCUAACAUAUUUCCUUCCCAGCCCCUUCUCAAACCCUUUUUCCAGUUGGAUUUGUCACUCUGUUCCUUUCUUUCUCGUCCCAUACCGCUACUGUGUCUCCCAGGGGACAGAUGGCCUUCUUUGUCAUCUUCACUCUCCACCCCCAGAGAGGAGUCCGAGCCAUAACUCAAUCACCCGGCCUCCUCCAAAGAGUCGAAAUGACAUGUGAUAGUCUCAGAAUGUAGAGGACCCUGAUGAACCAGAUAGUGGCCUCCCCUCCCCCUAAUGCCUCUGGGGCUAAGGCAGCCAUUCUUGCUACCCUCCAUCCCCCUUACGGCUUCUACGCUUUUUUUUUUUUUUUUUUUUUUUUUUUAACAUAAAGAUGGGCACCAGCGACUGGCCUGUGGGGAUGCAAAGAUUCUUUGCUCUGUAUCUAGCUGGACUGAUCUCACAAGAAGUCAUGCAGUCAUAAAAGAGACUUCCUUUCUCUCCUCCAUCUUCUGCUCCAGAGGAAGUAACAAGAGGAGUCCACGGCUAAAGAUCAGAGCCCCUAUAAUAUCUCCCGUCAGGGGCCUGAUGAUCUCUCUCAUUCCAACCGUCUACCUUUUUCCCCUGUUGAAUGCAAUAAAACUCUGUGACACCAGCAGCUGUUGCUCUUUAGAAAUUGGUUUUCUGACCAUGUGGCUGAUGUAUCAUGAGCAGUAUGGUCUUCAUUUGUUGCUUCUGUUUUUCAUCUUUUUUGUUUUAUUAAUUAAUAAAAAAACAUCUUGUGUAUUUA